AUGCCCCACAUCAAUAUCCUAUUCAUUGAAGCGAUAAGUCAGAUUGCAAACUAUGCAAGAUUCUUGAAGGUGAUAUCAAAGAAGAAAAGACUUUUGGAAUUUGAAAUUGUGGCAUUGAUAGAGGAGAGCACAAUACUGCAAAACAAAUUGUCUCCCAAAUUAAAAGAUCCAAGGAGUUUUAAUUUACCUAUUUUGAUCGAAGAAACUUGUCCCUUUAAUACUUUUAAAGAAACAACUGGGGUCACUGUAGCUGAUAGAAGCAUCAAAUAUCCAAUAGGCAAAGUUGAGGAUGCACUCAUCAAAAUUAAAAAAUUGGUAUACCUAGUGAACGUUAUUGUUCUUGGCAAUAUGAAGACCAAUAUAUUUCAAUAA